AUGACAAUGAAUCACAGUGUGACUGAAUUCAUUCUGUUUGGGUUGACACAGGAUGCAGAAAAGCAGAAGGCAGUAUUUGGGGUCUUCUUGAUUGUUUACUUUGUGACACUGUUGGGGAACUUUCUCAUUGUAGUGACUAUUAAAACCAGCAGGACCCUUGGGAGUCCCAUGUACUUCUUCCUGUUCUAUCUGUCCUUUGCUGAUGCCUGUUUGUCUACAACCACAGCCCCCAGGUUGAUUGUGGAUGCUGUUUCUCAGAGGAAGACCAUUUCCUACAUUGAGUGCAUGACUCAGGUCUUUGCAGCCCAUUUUUUUGGGUGCAUGGAGAUCUUUGUGCUCAUCCUCAUGGCUGUUGAUCGCUAUAUAGCCAUCUGUAGGCCCUUGCGAUAUACAAGUAUCAUGAGCCGGCGCGUCUGUGUUGUGCUGGUGAUUCUGGCAUGGGGGGGAUCUUGUAUCCACUCUUCGGCACAGAUUCUCCUGGCUUUGAGAUUGCCCUUCUGUGGCCCCAAUGUGAUUGACCACUAUUUCUGUGACUUGCAGCCUUUGUUGAAACUUGCCUGUAUGGACACUUAUGUGAUCAAUUUGCUAGUUGUUUCUAACAGUGGGGCCAUAUGCAUGGUGAGUUUUAUAAUCCUCCUUAUCUCCUAUGUUUUCAUCUUGUGCUCUCUGAGAAACCACAGUGCAGAAGGGAGGCGAAAAGCCCUUUCCACAUGCUCCACCCACUUCAUUGUAGUUAUCAUGUUUUUUGGUCCAUGUAUAUUCAUAUACACACGCCCACUAACCACAUUUCCAAUAGACAAGAUGGUGGCUGUGUUUUAUACAAUUGGGACACCCUUGCUCAAUCCUCUGAUCUAUACACUGAGGAACACAGAAGUGAAAAACGCCAUGAAGAAGUUAUGGUGUGGCAAAUGUGACCAGUUGAUGAAUGAUGCAUGGGGAUUCAAAUGUAUACUUCCUUAG